UUAGCUUCAUGUUGUCAAGUAUGGAGAACUUCAAGAUUUUGGAACAGCUUGGCAAAGGUGUCCAGUUCACUAUUCUUAAGGUGGAGAGUAAAAUAGAUGGAAAAACCUAUGUCAUCAAAAAGGUUGAAUGCCAUGAUGAAAGUCAAGCAAAUUUAGCCUUUCGGGAGGCUGUAGCAUUGCAAGCUUUGGAUCACCCUUAUAUAUCUGGUUACAAAGAAUUCUUUGUAACAUGGGAAAAAGAGGAUUCUUCUAUGUAUAUGAUCAUUGUCAUGGAUUAUUUCCCAAAAGGACAUCUUGGAAAUGUGGUUCAGAGAGCAAGAGAAAAUAAGGAGGCCAUUCCAGAAGAGACUGUGAAAAAAUACAUUGGACAACUAAUGGAAGCCCUGGUAUAUGUUCAUAGUAAAAACAUACUACACAGGGAUUUGAGAGUGACUAACGUGUUCCUAGUGGAGGAGCCAUUACUCCAGGAAGACAUUUUAAUACUGGCAGAUUUUGCUGUGGCGUCCGUCAUGUGUGACACCAGGACCUGCACAAGAAGAACCAGCAAGCUGACAAAUUAUCUGGCCCCUGAGCUGACAGAAAAAGGGGCAGACUUCAGUGAAUCCACAGACGUGUGGUCUCUGGGUUGUAUCUUAUUUGAAUUAACGACAGCUUCCUUUCUGAGUGAAGCAGAGGCGGUAACCAGACUGGGGGAAGUCAGGGAGGACCCAUAUAAACUGGAGGAAAUAUUUGAAGAUGUUGCUAAGACUUUUUCUGGAGAUUUAAUCAAUCUAAUUCGAGUUUUGCUGAAGAGAAAUAACAGACCCACUGCAAAAGACCUUAUGGAGAAAAAUGUAUAUGUCAAGAGCUGUAUUGAGAAAAGUGAUGCUUCUCAGUUAGAGAAAAGGAAAAGACAAAAAUCAGGGAAAAGAGUGAAAGGUCCAGUACCAAAAGAAGGAAAUAUAUUAAAAGUAUUGGAAUACAUUGCUACAAUGGUGGAUUUUGAAGACUGUGUUGCAGAGGCUUUAGAAUACAUAGUGGAGCUUUCUAAACAAGAUGAAAACUUCCAGAUGGAUGUCAAUGGGAAGAGGAUGAUCAAAGCAGCCAUGAGGAACAAUCUUCCAGUCAAAGAAAUCCAGAUAGCUGGAUGCAAUUUGUUCAACUCUCUUGUUAUAUCAGCUGACAAAGAUGAUGUCUUAUUUACAUCGGAAAUAAUAUCUGUUAUUCCCUUGGCCAUGGAGGAACAUGAAGACUGUGUUGAAUUACAGCAGGUGGCUUGUACAUUACUCAUGGCAAUUGCUGCCCAAGAUAAUGCUGCCAGUAUAGCUGGUUUGUAUGGUGCUAUAGAGAGGGUGUUGUCAGCUCUGGACAAACACAUCACUAACCCAGAACUCUGUUCCACUGCUUGUCAUGCCCUCUGGAGCCUCGCUGUUAAUGAAAACAAUGUAAAGAUAGCAUCAGAUGAUGAUGCUAUGACCAAAGUGUGUAAAGCCCUCAGACUUCACAUGAAUUCAGCAGAGGUCGCAGAGGCAGCAUCAGCAGCGCUCCUGUCACUCACUCUCAAUGACAAGAAUUUUGAUUUUAUUGGAGACCUGGAAUGUGUAGCUCUACUUAUCAAUGCCAUAGAUACACAUUGUAAGAAUGCCAAGGUGGUCAAAAAUGCCUGUCUGGCUUUGGCCAGUCUUGUAGAACCUGAUGAGGAGAGUGCUUAUAGAGUUCUGACAGAUGAGGCACCAGAUGGGGGACACAUUGCAGGGAUUCCAAAGAUAAUUAAAGCUUAUGAGCUUCACAAGGAUAAUGCUGAAGUUGUAGCAAGCAUUGUUACUUUGGUAAUGGAACUAGCUGAAUAUGAUGAAAUAUGUAUUGACUUACAAAGUUUCAAAGUUAAAAGUAUAAUGAGGGAAGUCCAACAAAAAUUUGUUAAGAAUGAGGACAUUAUGGGUCCUUGUGAGAAGGCCCUGUCAAAGCUGCAACAGUCGUCUUCAUCACAGAAAAUUUCAGCAUAAUACCACUGUAUGUCAUAUCUGAUUGUGACAGUUAAUCAUGAGCAGAGAGAAUUACAAUGAUUCACAAUAAAGAAUGCCAGUAUUGUCA